UUCUCUCUUUCCACAGCAUUAUUAGCAUCAUAAUUAUUCUGGCUGGAGCAAUUGCACUCAUCAUUGGCUUUGGUAUUUCAGAUGGCUAUGUGAUUUUUAUUAAUGAGGCAUCUGGUUUUAAAACUGUAAGACUUCUCAUGGAAUUGAGACUUUUUUUGUAAAUUACAGGGAAACACUACAUCACAGUCACUACUUUGACCUCGGCUGGAAACAUCGGGGAGGAUGGAAUCUUGAGCUGCACUUUUGAACCUGACAUCAAACUUUCUGAUGUUGUGAUACAAUGGCUGAAGGAAGGUGUUAUGGGUUUGGUCCAUGAGUUCAAAGAAGGCAAAGACGACCUGUCAGAACAGAAUGCAAUGUUCAGGGGCCGGACUGCGGUGUUUACUGAUCAAGUGAUAGUUGGCAAUGCCUCUUUGAGACUGAAAAAUGUACAACUCACAGAUGCUGGCACUUACAAAUGUUAUAUUAUCACAUCUAAAGGCAAAGGAAAUGCUAACUUGGAAUAUAAAACUGGAGCCUUCAGCAUCCCAGAAGUGAAUGUGGAUUAUAAUGCCAGUUCUGAGAGCUUACGGUGUGAGGCUCCCAGAUGGUUCCCCCAGCCCACUGUGGUCUGGGCAUCUCAAAUUAACCAAGGAGCCAACUUCUCAGAAGUCUCCAAUACCAGCUUUGAACUGAACUCUGAGAAUGUGACCAUGAAGGUGGUGUCUGUACUCUACAAUGUCACAGUCAACAAUACCUAUUCCUGUAUGAUUGAGAAUGACAUUGCCAAAGCCACAGGAGAUAUCAAAGUGACAGACUCUGAGAUCAAAAGACGGAGUCACUUACAGCUGUUGAACUCAAAGGCAACCAUAUGGGUCUCCUCUCUUUCUGCCAUCAGCUGGGUACUCCUUCCUCUCACCCCUUACCUGAUGCUGAAAUAACGUGUCCUGGCUACAUAGAAACAUGCAAAGUCAUUGGUACAAUAGAAAUAUUCUAAACUAUUUCACCACAAGAUAUGACCUACUUUCGUAUUUCUGGGGAGAAGUGAAUCCAUGUCUAGCAGUCUGAAGUAAACAAACUAGA